AUGAUGAAUAUCCGGAGGGUUGCUACCGCGCUUUCAAGACGACCAUCUCCUAAUGCGUUCCGCACUUUAUGUGCUCAACCAAGUGAUGCUCAAUCCAACCCCCUGAGCAGUCCCAUGCUGGAUCAACAAAAGUCAUUUAUGGCAUCUAUCGUUGAGAUGCUUCCCAACUCCGUUACAGCUGCGCGUAUCCAGAGUGGAAAUUCGCCGAUGGGUGCUGAGAUGGUUCUAGAGGUUCCAAAUGAUAUGACUAUCCGCGUUUUGCGCUUCCUAAAGUUGCACUCCUCUUCUCAGUUCAAAGGGUUCAUUCAAGCAACCGCUGUGGACUAUCCCGAGCGCAAAGACCGCUUCCGUGUCGUCUAUAGCUUGCUCUCUACACGAUUCAACGCCCGCAUCCGCGUUCAAACUUAUGUGGAUGAAAUCACUCCACUCGAGUCCGCGACGAAGAUCUUCAAGGGCGCCGAUUGGUUCGAGCGCGAGGUUUGGGACAUGUACGGCGUGUUCUUCCAUAGUCAUCCGGACAUGCGAAGAAUUUUGACAGAUUACGGCUUUGAGGGUCACCCGCAGCGAAAAGACUUUCCACUAUCAGGAUACGUGGAGGUGCGAUAUGACGACACCGAGAAGCGAGUGGUCCAAGAACCCGUCGAGAUUGCGCAGGAGUACCGCAGUUUUGAAUACUCUACACCUUGGGAGGUAUUCCCGGAGGGCACCAGACCGAAAGAUGCUCUCCAGAUAGAAGAGCCCGAAAAAACGCCAUCCUAA